CGUCAUGUUUGCGCGAGUCUUUAACGCCACCAGAAAAGUCCUCAGUCGCUCGCCGUCGGUACAGAGCAGGGUAGAAGACACAAGAGAAACCACACCACGAAGUUACGAGCACGAGCCUGAGCCAAAGGUCGGGAUGGUCACAACGCGAAGAGGAAGGGAGACGAGCACUCCAGUGAAGAAUGCACCGCGAAGGUCCACCAGAAAAGGAACAGGAAAGCGACAAUUGGAUGUGGAUGAGACACCUACGUCUAGUAAGAGGAGGAGACACUUGGUAGAGAAUGAGGACGAGGCUCCAAAAGAGGCAGAAGAUGCCCAGGUGCAGGAUGACGAGCCUGUGGAAGAGCCGGAUAACCAGGUCUUUGAUACGAUUGCGGUUGCCGUUCCAAUAAGAGCAAAAGAAAAUAGUGAUAGCCCGAAUGACGAGGCGGAGACACCGACCAGCCAUCGGGCAAGUCCAAAGAUCACUGUGGAAUCCAGGUCUGUGGAUGCGGCUCCAGAAGCGACGGAAGAGAAUGAAGGCCCUUCGACUCCCAAGGACGCUGGUAAGGUCCAAGCGCGGACGUCAGCGGGUAGUAAAGAAAAGCGUGAUAGGAACGCGACGAAACAUACGUCGCGUGACUCGCUCCCUCUAGAGCCUAAAAGGUCUGAACCCAAAUAUCCCGAUGAGGUUCCUUCAUCGACCUGGGAGAGCGACGAGGCCUCCAUCACCAUGCAAGAUUCCGCCCCUGCCCCCGAACCUGAGUCGCGGAAGACACAUAUGCGAUUUGGUAGCGAAGAGCCAACAGACAGUCCAGAUGCUGUUAAGAUGAAUAAGCAAGGCCACGCCCGAUAUGAAGCUUUCGAAGCCCUGCAGGCGGACGCGUUGAUGGAAGGCGAGGACGAUGCCAGUGGAAGCGAUUCCGAUGAAGCGCCCGAGAUGGUCACCACCGCUACUGCAGCUUCAAAGGCAAUAGCCACUGAGAAGGAAGCUGCCCGCGCUCACAGAGCCCAGCAAGAAAAGGAACAACUAAAGAGACAGCAGCGCGCACAGCGGAUCGCAGAGGAGCAAGCAGAGAAGCGAAAGCGAGAAGAGAAGGAAGCGAGAAGACUCCAGAAGACCCAAGCCAAGCCGCAACGCGUCGCAUCUCCUCUGUCGACAUCCCUAGACGUCGACAUCAACAACCUCCCCGCCCUCCUCCCGGACUCCAUCCUCGAAGCCGCGGGCGACAAGCGUCCACCCACCCCGCCUCCCGUACGUCAGGGAAAGACUGCCGAAGAAAUACGGCAAGAGAAGUUGAACCGGCACAUUAAGUUCCUGGAGCGCGGCGAGAAACCUAUCAAGGAUGUGAAGAAGGGAUCAGUCAAUGUCUCUGUGUUGGCCCAGCAGAAUUUGGCGUUGGCACCGAAAGUAAACCAGAAUACGAAGAAUAUCCGGGAGCAUUGGUUGAAGGGGAGGCGGGCGGAGAAAAGGGAUAAGAAGGGGAGGCCGAAGGUAGAGAAUACGAGGAUGGAGAGAAAGACGAUCAGUCGUGGCUUCUUGAGGGACGAGGAUUAGCAGGCAGUGUAAUAGACACGCCUGUGCAUGACCUAUAUGUCGGGGAUGGCUAUAGGGAGCCGGCCGCGUACUGCGACGUGCUACAUUGUAUUGUAGUGGCGAUACCUUUGGCACUCCGGAUCCCUCGACGGCGGCAUAUCAACACUGAAUCAAAGCAUUGCCUUAGUCAAAUCAUG